AUGGGAAGAAGACCGCAGAUUGGGGGUUCCCAGUCGGUUGAACAAGCCAGAUUUGUCGGCGUCAGUCUCCAAUCUGUCAAGAACAGGAGGCCACCCGAUCUCGGUCCACUUCAACCGGCGACGAGCCAAGUCCGAGAGGAAAUACAGCCGGAACCCCUGAUCCUCGUGGCUAUCGGAACUGCGGUGAGGGAUGACGAGGAGACCCCGACGGAAAACGACAGCUGGCGCGGGAACCAGCAGCAGUACUCGCAAUGGCAGUGGUGGAAGAAAGAAGAGGAGGGAUCAGAAGGCACAAACUCACCUCCUUCCCACCUUCCGGAGAUUUUGCGGAUCCAGGGUCAACACGCUGUCCUAGGGAAGCAGAUGUCUCUUUCAUACUCACUGUACGACACACGACAGAAUGGCUUUCUCUUUCUCCAGGCCGCGCUCCCUGCGGGAAGAAACGCUGCCCGUCUUGACAUGCGGCAAUGGGACGGCGCCUGGGAAGAGACGAAGUGGUACGAUACUCGCAGCACCGGCAGCAUAGUUCUGCCCACCGAGGCGAACCAGGGGUUCCAGGUCGACUUUCCGGAUAUACCCGGAGCUAUCCACAACUACCUUGUUGCCGUGGUUAACGAGAGCGGCCUGGCACUGAUGCUUCGCAACGGCCAGGGUUCCGUCGUGGGAAUCGACUUUGUCUACCGUUCGGGGAUAUGGGUGUAG